AUGUCUGGAGAGCCGGAUCACGCCCACUCCAAGCACAAGGUCAACCUGAAUGACCCUUCAGGUGCUGAGAAGAAGGAUAAAAAGAAGAAGCCCAACUCGUUGAUUGUAACUGAUGCAGUCAACGAUGACAACUCUGUCAUUGCACUCUCCAACAAUACUAUGGAAACUCUCCAGCUUUUCCGUGGCGACACAGUUCUUGUAAAAGGGAAAAUGCGGAGAGAUACCGUUUUGAUCGUCCUCGCUGACGAUGAACUUGACGAUGGAAGCGCACGCAUUAACCGCGUCGUCCGGCACAAUCUUCGAGUAAAACACGGAGACGUUAUCACCGUCCACCCUUGCCCGGAUAUCAAAUAUGCCAAGCGAAUCGCUGUUCUUCCAAUUGCCGACACCGUUGAGGGGCUCACUGGCUCUCUCUUUGACGUUUUCCUUGCACCGUACUUCCGUGAAGCUUAUCGACCAGUCCGACAAGGCGAUCUAUUUACCGUUCGUGGUGGUAUGCGCCAAGUCGAAUUUAAAGUUGUGGAAGUUGAUCCUCCAGAGUAUGGCAUCGUUGCCCAAGAUACAGUCAUCCACUGUGAGGGUGAGCCCAUUCAGCGUGAGGACGAGGAAGGGAACCUCAAUGAUGUUGGCUACGAUGACAUCGGUGGUUGCCGAAAACAGAUGGCUCAGAUUCGUGAACUGGUCGAACUUCCGCUUCGCCAUCCUCAACUUUUCAAGUCGAUUGGUAUCAAACCCCCACGUGGUAUUCUCAUGUUCGGCCCUCCAGGUACUGGUAAGACCCUGAUGGCUCGCGCCGUCGCCAAUGAGACUGGUGCUUUCUUUUUCCUCAUCAACGGCCCUGAGAUUAUGUCCAAGAUGGCCGGUGAAUCCGAGUCGAAUUUACGUAAGGCUUUCGAAGAAGCUGAAAAGAACUCACCCGCCAUCAUUUUCAUUGACGAGAUCGAUUCUAUUGCGCCUAAACGUGACAAGACUAACGGUGAAGUCGAACGUCGUGUUGUGUCUCAACUCCUUACAUUAAUGGACGGUAUGAAAGCUCGCUCAAACGUUGUCGUUAUGGCUGCAACCAAUCGCCCCAACUCCGUUGAUCCUGCUCUUCGCCGUUUUGGGCGUUUUGACCGUGAGGUUGACAUCGGCAUUCCUGAUCCAACCGGCCGUCUUGAAAUUCUUCAAAUUCACACUAAGAAUAUGAAGCUCGGAGAGGACGUCGACCUUGAGGCCAUUGCGGCGGAAACCCACGGUUACGUCGGUUCCGAUAUUGCUUCGCUUUGCUCAGAAGCUGCUAUGCAGCAGAUUCGUGAAAAGAUGGAUCUCAUUGAUCUGGAUGAGGAUACCAUUGAUGCUGAGGUUCUCGACUCCCUAGGCGUAACUAUGGAGAAUUUCCGUUUUGCCCUUGGUGUUUCAAACCCAUCUGCUCUCCGUGAAGUUGCCGUUGUCGAAGUUCCUAAUGUUCGCUGGGAAGACAUUGGUGGUUUGGAAACUGUCAAGCGGGAGCUCAUCGAGAGUGUCCAAUACCCUGUUGACCACCCAGAGAAAUUCCUUAAAUUCGGUCUGUCGCCAUCCAAAGGUGUCUUGUUCUACGGACCUCCGGGUACUGGUAAGACUUUGCUUGCCAAGGCCGUCGCCAACGAAUGUGCUGCCAAUUUCAUCUCCGUCAAAGGCCCGGAAUUGCUGAGCAUGUGGUUUGGUGAAUCCGAGAGUAACAUUCGUGACAUUUUCGACAAGGCUAGAGCAGCUGCUCCUUGUGUCGUGUUCUUGGACGAACUUGAUUCCAUUGCCAAGUCUCGUGGUGGUUCUGUUGGUGACGCUGGCGGUGCUUCAGACCGUGUUGUCAACCAGCUUCUUACUGAAAUGGACGGAAUGACUUCCAAGAAGAAUGUCUUUGUCAUUGGCGCAACUAACCGUCCUGAACAACUGGACGCCGCGUUGUGCCGACCGGGACGUUUGGACACUCUAGUCUAUGUUCCCCUUCCCAACGAGUCCGAGCGUGUGUCCAUUUUGAAAGCUCAGCUUCGAAAGACCCCUGUUGCCCCUGAUGUCAACUUGGAGUACAUUGCUAGCAAGACUCACGGAUUCUCUGGUGCCGAUCUUGGUUUUGUUACCCAACGCGCCGCCAAGCUUGCCAUCAAACAGGCCAUUUCCAUGGAAAUCGACCGCACCAAAGAGCGAGAAGCGGCUGGCGAAGACGACGUCAUGGAUGAAGAUGUGGAAGACCCUGUCCCGGAGCUUACUCGUGCGCACUUUGAGGAGGCCAUGCAGAUGGCUCGCCGAUCUGUCAACGACACCGAGAUUCGUCGAUAUGAAGCGUUUGCCCAGAGCAUGAAAAAUUCCAGCGGCAGCAAUUUCUUCCGAUUCCCCACUGAAGAAGAAACCGCCCAGGCUGGGUUCGGUGACGCUGGCAACGAUGACAGUCUCUAUGAUUAA